AGCCUCCCUCCUCCUGCUUCAGUUCCCCAGAAGAUUCACAUAAACCCUCAUUUUAGACGAGGGUCCAUGCUCCCUCCCAGACAAGGAGAUAGCAUCAUGGCGACCCCGGGGAUACCCCCUCUGCUCAGACCCAGGGAACCCUCCAUGAUGCUACAGCCCAGAGCUCCCAUAGUGCAAUCUGUACCACAGAGUGUUCCUUGGACCUCGCAAUCUAACCCUCAACCAAUCUUCAGCAGACCUCCACACCCACUGCCUCCCCACCAAAUGCCGGAUCCCCCACCCCAUCAUCAUUACGCAGCUCAUCAGCCUCCUCCAAGGCAGAAUGAUCCCUACCCAGCAUUCUCUGGUGGACCGCCAUCUCAUCCUCAUCAGGCCCCCCACCAUUACGUGGGACCUCACCACCACCAGGCACCACAUGGUGGCCCCCCUCCCUUCCAUGGACAGCAGUACCCACCAAGGGAGCAGUACCGUCCCUCCGGGCCCCCACCACAACCACUGAUGGGACAACCCAACCAUCAGUUUCCUGCCCCCCAUCACCCCCAACAACCUCAGCUCAGGGUGGAACCCCAGCAUCCACCCCAUGUACGGAUGGGACCCCCACCCCAUCAGCCUCACAGUGGACCUCCACCACAACAUCAACAUUACAAUCCACAACAUCAUCAAGAACAUAGGUAUCCUAACCCACAACACGCCCCAGAGCCGCACGUCAGACCCGAUUUCCACCCCCCUCACCAGACACAGCAGCAGCCUCCGAGAUUUCAGCCGGGGGCCGCCCCAGGGUAUCAGACCCGACCCCAGAGAUUUCAGUCUCAGGGACAGAGAAUGCCUCAAGGUCCCAAUACUGUACAGAAUAAUGGAGCACCUAGACAACCUAUUAACAAUCCAAAACAAAAUGCUUUAUUGUUGGCACAUGCCAAAAAGCUGAGAGACCGUGCAAAGAAAUUUUCACAGAAUACACCUAUAGUAGUCCCCAGUAAACCUAAGAAGAGGCCCUCAACAGAAGUGAUAGUGGAGGGAAGUAUCGAGCCUUCCCCAGUAAAACAACCAAAAGUAGAAACCAAACCAUUGACUCCAGAGGACAAGGAGCUACAGGAAAAGCUAGCACUGCAGGCUGAACAGAGAGAAUAUAUAAGGCGAAAAAAGGAGGCUAAUAGACAAGCACUGGCCCAGAAAAAACGAGAAGAGUUAGCUCAGCGGCUAGCAGGGACAGGUCAGACAUUAGAAGACAUUGAGCAAAGCUCAACUUCAAGUGGUCUUAUACAACAACAGGUUCAUAAUAAACCAGUACAGGGCAAUGUGGCUCUUAAAAAGACAAUACAACCUAUACACUCCCCACAAGCUGGUCAACAGAUCCAAACAGUGCAGUCAAAUCAAAUCAGAUUUCAGAAUACUCAGGUCUCCCACCCCCCUCAGAGGAAUCCUCAGAAAAAAAUUGUGAACCUUAAUAAAGGUGUUCAUAAACCAGCAAAUGCUCAAAUGACAACCAACAAAACUCUAGCAAGUCCUACAAAGAAACUAAUGAAGAGGAUAGAAACUGUAAAGAAAAAUGCUCAAGGAGAAAUCAUAUCUCGAGAAAUAAAGCUCGUUCCUAUAGAGGAUGAGGGGGUCAUUAGUGAGCAGACUUCGGUCACAAAUCGGGGGCAGGUCCAGGUGGUCAAGAAGAGCACCGUGGUCACCUCUACUGAGGGUCAGCAAGUGGGAAACAGAACUGUGGUCAGCGGGAACAGGUCAGUGAUCACCCCAGGGUCCGGCAACCGGUCUGUCAUCAGAUUAACUCCAGACAGUGGGCAGGGCGAGGAAGGGGACCUCAGAAAUGUGGUCAGUCAGCAAACUACUGGGAGGAGAAUUGUUGUGAAAUCCACUCCUAAAUCAGUGAUGGUGAAGAAUCUGUCUAUUUCUACAUCAGACUCCAUCAUCAAGAAUCUCUGCACAACAGUGGGUCCAGUAGAGAGCAUAAAAAGAGACCAGAAAGAUGCAGUGGUGACAUUCAUGAAUGCAAAUCACGCAUCACUGUUUGCUGAGAAAUACAACAGGACACUUCUGGACUUGUCAACAAUCCUCGUGUCACUGAUAAAUGAUUUGACCUUCAACUUUCUCCCUGGAAAUGAACGAAGAUGGCACGCAGCAAUCACGUCCAAGCGUGCUUCAUACGACGGCAUCCAAUGGAUGCCCCUCCUGACGGAUAGAACUCGACGUCCGCCAUGGAAUCGUCAAGUAACCAUGUUGGACAACGAAAUGUUGGUGGAUAGACAUCCAGGUCACGACCUGUGCAAUCCAUUCGAGGUUUCCUCAUCCUUGGCAAUGCCCAGCAUGCCCAAAGGGGGCGUUCUGGUUAGGAUACAGUGCUUGGGAGCUUGCUCACCAGAAGGGCAGAUAAAGAGAAAGGAUUUACACCCCAUACUGCCAGGCAUUGAAGUGGCUGGAGUAGUACAAGAUGUGUGCCCCUCAAUACCCAACAGAAACUUCAACACAGGGGACAGGGUCAUUCUAUAUCUGGAUGAAGACUUUGCAGAGACUGGUUACCAGGAGUACAUAGCUGUUGAUGAUACUGAGAAAUGUAUUCAGAUCCCAGACUCCAUACCCCUGGAAGUAGCGGCUAUGUUACCCGGAAGCGCCCUGACAGCGUACAGUGCAGUAAUGAAAGCCAUACCACACAUAGAAAAACUACAGGAGGUUAAAUCUGGAAUCAAUGUCCUUAUUGUUGGUGCUGGUGGCAUAGGACUUUGGGCAGUGCAGCUGGCCAAUUACAUGCUCUCCCAAUUCAGUCAGACCAACAUCAAAUUAUUUGUAUCAGACAACAGUAUUGACAAACUGCUGACAGCACUAGACCACGGCUGUUAUGACGUCAUUCACUGGAAUGAAGAAGAUCACGAGCAAUUUAUCAUAGAGCGAACUCUGGAAGCCUGCAAAGGAGGAGUAGAUGUAGUCAUUGAUUUUGUCAGCUCUCCAAGAACAGUGCACAGAACUCUCAAGGUCCUUAAUAGAGAGGGUUUAAUAUUGGUUGGAGGAAACACAAUGUCAGAAGUUAGCAUCAACUUGAAUGUGUUAGCAGCCAAGCAGCAGAGUAUAGUAGGAAUACCAAAAGGGUCCCUCAAACUUCUGCUGGAAUUGGUUGACCUUGUAGCAGAAAAGAAGGUCAAACCACCCUUGUUUUCAAUUCACAAUGUUGAAGAUGCAAACCAAGUUUUUGAAGACCUUUACCAAAGUCGGAUAACUGGGCGAGCUAUACUCAAGAUCAACCAUUCUCAAACAGUUGACAAUUGAACUGCUAUUUGUAUUGUCAGCGUGCCAAAUCGGUAAAACAAGAAAGCAAGAUGGGAUGAUUAUAUCAUCUGCAUAAAUAUGGCAAUGCUGAUAUGCAAUAUUUGGCCAUGUCCCUGAAUUCAGAGUUUUCUACCAAAUCCUGGAAGACUUGAAUUCCGGAUGCCACAAGUUCAUCCAAUCCAUGAUCUGAAUAAGUAAAUGGUGCUCCGUGUAAAGUGCUUGAUGAUUGGAGAAAUCCGAUGGUCACUUGAUGAUCUGAACAAGAACUAUAGUGCUAUUCCCGCAAUUCUGUGCCCUUAGUGUUCAAUGACGAGUGUUUAUUACUUUGCAAAAAGGACAUGAAUACCAUAGACUCGAUGUACUUUGCUUGAGUAUGUGUGACAUCAUUGACAUCCAUAUAGUACGAUAGCUUGUUAAACAUGUUCUAGGGCAACUUUAAAGUGCUGUUUUGAACAGUUCUGACAUUUACUUUAUAAUUGUUGUCCUUUCUCGUUGAGGCAUUAUUUAUUAGUUGCAUCAAAUGUGAUAUUAUAUGUGAUCCAGAAAGUGCUAAGUGGUAGAGUUCUGAAUGUGUAUGUGAAUGGUGUACGUGCGAAAUGAGAAUUGUUUUUGUUACAGCAAAUUACUGAUGUAUGAUUUUUAUACUUAUUAAAAUUCAUGAACCUAAA